AUGAACACGCUCCCUACUGCUGCUGUAGCAGCCUCUGCUUCGUGGUCUUUGGCUUCCACUGUUUCUGCUACCAUUACAGCGUUCCUUAAGCUUCCGAUUGCUACCAGUUCAACGGAUCUGCAAAUGAUUUUCUGCGACUGUUACGGGCAGAAAGUCUAUGGUGACUUGGAUAAAUUUUUGGGAAAUACAGAAGGUCAACUCGUACUCAACGGUGCGGAUUAUUCGAAAACGUGUCCAGCUAUCAUGCUGUUGGGCCAGUUCAUUUUAUAUGCAACAUGCUUGUCCGGAGGCACGAACUCGAUACAAGUGACACGGGAACCAAUUUAUUUGGAUACGUGGUACGUGGUUCACAACAAUGAUGGGAACUACAACAUUAGCGCCAAUGCAGUAUGA